AUCACAGACACUUUGGAUGCAGUUUAUAAUAGUAUUCAAGAUGUGACUAAGAAUCUUCGACUUAUUUGUUCAUCCCUUCGUGAUAUUUGUGAUGAUAAUACUGCAGUUUUUAAAGAAUUUAUCAAUUUUUGGCACAAAAUCCUAAAAUAUACCCUUGUUUAUUACAAAGAGAUUUUUCUACUUAUAAAAGAAGCAACAAUAGAAAUUAAAAAGUUUAUGGAAAACUUUAUAACAUUAUCUUCUGAAGAAUUUCUUAAUGAAAUAAAUUUUUUCGUUAAAGAUCAUGAAAAAAAUAGUGUCGUCAUUCACUUUAAAAAGCUUGAAAGCAGUACACAGUCUUUUAAGAAACUCAUAGAAUCUCUUAUUAUCUUAAUCGAAAAGUAUAUUAGCUCUUUAUCAUCAAUUGUGCAAUCUUUUAUUACUCUCAAAAAUGAAUUGAAGAAAAUUAGUAGCAAUGCGAAAAACUAUUAUAUUAUAUGCAAUGACAAAGCACAAUCUGUAAUUAAUAACUGCACGAGUUGUAUCUAUAAAAUUUCUGGCUAUGAAGCCAACUUGGAUAGGGUUCCAUUCAGUGCUGCUAACAACUAUAUAAGAUCAUAG